CUAUAUCCUCACCUCACCUCACCUCACCUCUCCCAACAUUUAAACUUAUACUACCUCUCCUUUAAUUUGUCUCUCUAUCAACCCUUUUUGCUUGCUCCUCUUUUCUUCACUUCAUCACAUCACUGCUACCAACUCCCGGCCACUCUCUAAUUCUCCUCUCUCUAUAGCUCUCUCUCUCUCUCUCUCUAUAUAUAUAUAUAUAUUUGUGUAAAACAAAUUCUUUUUCAUGUUCGUCCUUCAAUUCCCAUAUAGUAAUAUAACUCCACUCAUUUGAAUUUGCUAGUAACAUAUAUAUGUCUUCUUACCAUAUAUAAUUAUAGCAUUUGGGAAUUGGUGUGUAUUGAAUUGAAGUAGCAGAUUAAAGUUUGCUCAAAAAUGGCUCCAAAAGCAGGAAAGGCUAAGCCACACAAGGCUAAGGGGGAAAAGAAGAAGAAGGAAGAGAAAGUUUUGCCAAUUGUUAUAGAAAUAUCAGUGGAGACACCUGAAUCGCAAGUGACGCUUAAGGGAAUAUCGACGGACAAAAUUUUAGACGUGAGAAAGUUAUUAGCUGUCCAUGUCGAGACAUGUCACUUGACCAACUACUCCUUGUCACACGAGGUGCGAGGACCAAAGCUCAAAGAUUCAGUGGAAAUUGUGUCUCUCAAGCCUUGCCACCUCACUAUGGUUGAAGAGCAAUAUACCGAAGAACAGAUAGUUGCUCACAUCAGACGACUCCUUGAUAUAGUAGCGUGCACCACGUCAUUCGGCGGUUCAUCUUCUUCCCCCAAAUGCACCGGUCGAACCGGGUCCAAGGAUCCCGGUUCGAGCUUGAGCGAUGCCUCCGAAACGAAGAACACCAAGACCAAGGGGGCUGAGCCGAAGAAACCCGGUUCACCCACAUCCGACUGCCAGAAGGCCAAGCCGGAUGGAAACGCCGGCAGCGGAGCUGCCGCCGCCGCCGAGGCUGAGAAAGGAGAGCCGUCGAUGAUGUGCCCGCCGCCUCGUCUCCGCCAGUUCUACGACUUCUUCUCCUUCUCUCACCUCACGCCGCCGAUCCAAUAUAUUAGGAGAUCAAGUAGGCCGUUUCUCGAGGAUAAAACAGAAGAUGAUUAUUUUCAAAUUGAUGUUCGUGUUUGCAGUGGCAAGCCAACAACUAUAGUUGCUUCAAGCAAAGGUUUCUAUCCUGCUGGGAAGCGCAUUCUUUUGAGUCACACUUUGGUCGGUCUGUUGCAGCAAUUAAGCCGAGUCUUUGAUGCGGCUUACAAGGCUCUCAUGAAAGCUUUUACUGAGCACAAUAAAUUUGGGAACCUACCUUAUGGAUUUCGAGCAAACACGUGGGUUGUGCCUCCUUUUGUUGCUGAGAAUCCGUCCAAUUUCCCACCACUUCCCACGGAAGAUGAAAACUGGGGAGGAAAUGGAGGUGGACAAGGAAGAGAUGGUAAGCAUGAUUACCGACCUUGGGCAAAAGAAUUUGCGAUUCUGGCAGCAAUGCCUUGCAAAACAGAUGAAGAAAGACAAAUCCGAGAUAGGAAAGCAUUCCUUCUUCACAGUUUAUUCGUCGAUGUCUCUGUUACGAAGGCAGUUGCUGCAAUAAAAUGUCUUGUGGAUGGUGUUCAGGGUUCCCCACAAAAUUCGAGCUCUUCAACUUGGUAUGAAGAAAGAGUUGGAGAUCUUCUUAUCAGUAUAAAAAAAGAUGCACAAGAUGCAAGCAGGAAAACUGAUAACAAAAAUGAUGGGACUCUGGUUCUUGACAUGCCAUUAGAUGAACUUGCAAGGAGGAACUUACUAAAGGGAAUAACUGCAGAUGGGAGUGCAACUGUUCAUGAUACUUCCACGUUAGGUGUAGUCGUUGUUAGGCACUGUGGCUACACUGCCAUUAUAAAAGUUGCAGCUGAGGUUAACUGGGGAAGUAAUCCAAUUCCUCAAGACAUAGAAAUUGAGGACCAGACAGAGGGAGGUGCAGGUGCACUGAAUGUCAACAGCUUGAGAGUGCUGUUGCACAGAUCUUCCACACCUCAAUCACCUAGCCCAGUACAACGAUCACAUUGCCUAGAUGUUGAAGAUUUAAGUACAGUUUUGGUAAGACAGGUUCUUGGUGAAAGUUUACAGAAACUGCAGCAAGAAGACACUAAGCAAACGAAAUCUAUUAGAUGGGAGCUGGGGGCAUGCUGGGUGCAGCAUUUACAAAGUCAGACUUCAGGGAAAACUGAAUCUAAAAAAGGUGACGAGGCUAAGGUGGAGCCAGUGGUAAAAGGCCUUGGGAAGAAUGGUGGACUCUUGAAGGAUAUUAAGAAGAAAUCAGAUGACCAGAGCAACAAAACUGAUUCGGGAAAGGAAGUUGCCUCCACUAACAGUUCUGCUGUGAACAAGGAUGAAUUAGAGAAACACGAGGAGGAGAAGGAAAUCUUGUGGAGAAAGCUGCUUCCUGAGGCAGCAUAUUUGCGCCUCAAAGAAUCAGAAACUGGUCUUCACCUUAAGUCACCAGAUGAGUUGAUUGACAUGGCACAUAAAUACUAUGCUGAUACUGCUCUUCCAAAACUGGUGGCUGAUUUUGGUUCCCUGGAACUUUCUCCUGUGGAUGGAAGGACAUUGACAGAUUUUAUGCAUACUAGAGGCCUACGAAUGUGCUCUUUGGGACACGUGGUGGAGCUUGCAGACAAGCUUCCUCAUGUACAGUCACUCUGUAUACAUGAGAUGGUUGUUAGAGCUUACAAACACAUAUUGCAAGCUGUUGUUGCAGCUGUGGAUCAUAUUGCUGAUAUGGCUGGGGCAGUAGCUUCAUGUUUGAACGUUUUGCUAGGGACACCACCUGCUGUAAAUACUGAUGCAGACACCAGCAAUGAUGUUGAGUUAAAAUGGAAAUGGGUGGAAACUUUCCUUUCAAAGCGGUUUGGGUGGCAAUGGGAGGAUGAAAACCGUCAUGAUCUCAGAAAAUUUGCCAUUCUCCGUGGACUUUGCCACAAAGUUGGACUUGAGCUUGUUCCCAGAGACUAUGAUAUGGAUUCUCCAUUUCCCUUUAAAAAAUCAGAUAUCAUAAGCAUGGUCCCUGUAUACAAGCAUAUUGCAUGCUCAUCGGCGGAUGGACGCACACUGUUGGAAUCAUCAAAGACUUCCUUGGACAAAGGGAAAUUGGAGGAUGCCGUAAACUACGGAACUAAGGCUUUAUCAAAACUUGUGUCAGUCUGUGGUCCUUAUCAUCGAAUGACAGCGGGUGCUUAUAGUCUUCUAGCAGUUGUACUGUAUCAUACUGGCGAUUUCAAUCAGGCUACCAUCUAUCAGCAAAAAGCUUUGGAUAUUAAUGAGAGAGAACUAGGGCUUGACCACCCAGACACAAUGAAGAGUUAUGGCGAUUUAGCAGUUUUCUACUAUCGGCUCCAACAUACGGAGUUGGCCUUAAAGUAUGUCAACCGUGCCUUGUAUUUGUUACACCUAACAUGUGGACCUUCUCACCCAAAUACUGCUGCCACCUAUAUUAAUGUCGCAAUGAUGGAAGAAGGUCUGGGAAAUGUCCAUGUUGCACUCAGGUAUCUUCAUGAGGCUCUCAAGUGCAACCAAAGGCUUCUUGGAGCUGAUCAUAUACAGACUGCAGCUAGCUAUCAUGCUAUAGCCAUUGCACUUUCCUUAAUGGAGGCAUAUUCAUUAAGUGUUCAGCAUGAACAAACUACACUCCAGAUACUGCAGGCUAAACUUGGUCCAGAUGAUCUACGCACACAGAACUUUCUGCAGGAUGCUGCUGCCUGGCUUGAGUACUUUGAGUCCAAGGCUCUGGAGCAGCAAGAAGCAGCACGUAAUGGCACUCCAAAGCCAGAUGCUUCUAUCUCAAGCAAGGGCCAUUUAAGUGUGUCGGACUUGUUGGAUUACAUUACCCCAGAUGCAGAGAUGAAAGCUCGAGAAGCUCAAAAGAAGCAAGCUCGAGCAAAGGUAAAAGGCAAAACCGAGCAGAACUGGGGAACAGUUACAGAAGAAUAUCAAAAGGAUGAAAUUUUAUCUCCAACUCAUCCUGUGAGGGAAAACUCCAGUGAUAAAGAGAAUAAAGUGGAAUUAGAUAAGAUAUCUGAUUCACAGCCUGUAGAGCCCAUAAAUAAGAAGCCUGAUGAGAUUUUCAUGCAGCAGACACUAUCAGAGCAAAAUGAGGAAAUAACACAGGAAGAUUCUUCCGAGGAAGGAUGGCAAGAAGCUCUUCCCAAAGGCCGGUCACCAAUGGGCCGUAAACCUUCUGGUUCUCGGAGGCCUAGCCUUGCAAAAAUUAAUACCAACUUUAUGAAUGCUUCUCAUAUCUCAAGACAUCGUGAUAAGCCCGCUAAUUUUACUUCCCCGAGAAGACCUUCAAAUGAGUCUGCUGCUUCAUCUGGGUCUGCUGCUCCUGCUCUGAAGAAAUUUGUAAAGAGUGCCAGCUUUGGCCCAAAGUCAAAGAGUGCUUCUGUUCCACCUGCUGGUACAGAGAAGCCCUCCAAUCCAAAAUCUGCACCAGCUAGUCCAGCUCUAAAUGAUCAUGUAGCAAAGUCUAGUUCAAUUAUAAAUUCUGUCAGUGUCCAGGCAGCUGGAAAACUGUUCUCGUAUAAAGAAGUUGCUUUAGCUCCUCCUGGUACCAUUGUCAAAGCCGUGGCAGAGCAGAACUCUUCGGUGACAGAUACAGCUCAAGCAGCAUUGUCAAAAAUCAGUGAAGGAGAACAAGCUAAGAGCCUUGUUGAAGAGAAACAAAUUGAACCAGAUGAGCACACCAAUCAAACUGUCAAUGAGGUGCAACACUGUAAACAGGGAGAAAUUUCGGAUGGCUUGAAGAAUGCAUCUUCUGAAAAGAAGAAAGUUGAGGAAAUAUCGAGUUCUUCCCAGAGCACUGAAGGAAACUCUGAGAGCUCUGAUUCUGGAUCCCAGAAUGAUGGUUCUUCAAACAAUUCAAAAGCCAGUCCAAAAAAUGAGGUGCUUGAAAAGCAAGUUGAUAAAUGUUUGGUGACUUCAUCUGAUCAUUAUGUGGCAGAAAACACCACUUCACCUCAAGAGAAGAACAAUUUGAUCUUAAACGAACAAACACCUGAAAAAGAGGAUGCUAGUCAAAAGGAUGAUAACGGAGAUGUGAGUUCACUGCCGAUCGAGGGCGACAAACAAGGUGACAGUUCACAUAAUACUUCACCUCAAGAAUCAGAAAAGCAAGGUGAUGCAGAGUCUGUAAAGGAGACAUCCAAGAAACUUUCUGCAGCUGCUCCUCCAUUCAACCCAUCCACAAUUCCAGUUUUUGGCUCCAUUCCAGUGCCAAGUUUUAAAGAGCAUGGGGGAAUAUUGCCCCCACCUGUUAACAUUCCACCUAUGCUUACAGUUAACCCCAUUCGUAGAUCCCCGCAUCAGUCAGCAACAGCAAGAGUUCCAUAUGGUCCACGCUUGUCAGGUGGCUAUAAUAGGUCUGGAAGUCGAGUUCCACGUAACAAACCUGCUUUUCACAAUGGUGAACAUAAUGGUGAGGCGAGUCACUUUAACACUCCCAGAAUAAUGAACCCGCAUGCAGCUGAAUUUGUCCCUGGCCAACCUUGGCUACCUAAUGGAUAUCCAGUUGCUUCAAAUGGUUAUGUGGCUUCACCAAAUGGUGUUCCUCUUUCCCCUAAUGGUUAUCCAGUAUCCCCAAAUGGCAUGCCAGUCUCUCCCAAUGGUAUUCCAGUGACUCAAAAUGGUUUGCCUGCAUCUCCAGUUGGUUCGGUAGAAUCUCCAUCAGCUGUAACCGUGGAAGCCACCCCUGAAAAUGAAAAUGCAGCUGAGACAGAUGAGAACACUGGUUUGCCUGCAUCUCCAGCUGGUUCAGUAGAAUCUCCAUCAGCUGUAACUGUGGAAGCCACCCCUGAAAAUGAAAAUGCAGCUGAGACAGAUGGGAACACAGCAGAGCCCUCCAAUAAUGUGGCAGCUGCUGACUCAGAUGUGACAAAUACUGAAGCCCAACCAGUAGCUGUUGAGAACACACAUUCUGAUAAAUCUGGAGUAGAUGAAAAGUCCGACUCUGAAAAUGGAGAAAAACAUAAAUGUGCAGUCGAACCAAUCAAGGAAACUGCAGCAAAAGAAAUCUGCAGUAAUCUAGCUGUGGAGGAGAAGGCAGCCAAGCGUUGGGGAGAUUACAGUGAUGGGGAAAAUGAGAUUAUUGAGGUCACAAGUUGAAAAAUGUAUGAUCUUUCGAUAGAUUGGCCUCCUGGUCAAUAAUUGAAUACCUGCAACAGAUAUGUGACAACCUAUGAUUCAUCAAAGGCCAGGAUAUGAAUUUGAAAAAUCUUUUCCAGGUUUGUAAUGCAUUUGACCUGGAAAAUGCUGAGUUUCAGUUACAACUUGAGGUUUUCAAAGCAAAGCCUUGGAAAGGGAAGGCACUGAUGGCACAAGGAAAUUUAUGAAUGAGAAUGAAGAAAAAACAGUGAGGAUUCUGCAUCACAAGAUGUACUUGGAUUGAGUGUUAAAGACUCCCUUUCUGUGGCCUAUGUGCAAUAGUUAGAACUCAUAAUACAUUUGCUUAGUCAUUAAUAACAAACAUUGUAAUUUAGCAGAGGAAUUUGUUUUAUGGUUACAUGGAUUUUGCAUUCAUUGGCAUCCUGAUAUUAUGCAGUAUAAUGUGGGAUGCAAAUCUACUGCUCUUUUAAAUUGAA